AUGUCCUCCGACCUUCAAAACAAAAAUUCCUAUCCGUCACACCGUUUAGUGUUCCCUCGGUCGCAGAACCACAAACGCACACAAAAAUACGAGCGUGCAAUGAGGACCACGGGCUGCAAGCCAUGUUUUUGUUUCCCUCCCCUGUCAGGGAUUGAGACAGCUGGACAUCAACGUCAGAGGGGCGGAACAGCGCAACCUUUCAUGGGGGGAGGGGGAUGA